AUGCGUGUACACUCUCCGUCUACAUCCAUCUCACUAGUCAAGUUUCAAAGACUAAUUGAGCAGGCCGGGUUCCCAUGUGAACCAGAGGGAAACUAUUCAUACAAUAGUGUUAGGACAGUUCAUCAAGUCAGACCUCAAGACAUUGGUAUAAUCGGUGCACUUGGGGAUUCACUGACCGCGGGAACUGGAGCUAAAGCUAAAAAUAUUUUAGAAGUUUUAGAUGAAAACAGAGGUGUCUCAUUUACAACAGGGGGAGAGGGGGACUGGAAGUCUAGCCCCACCCUGGCAAACUUCAUCAGAGUUUUUAACCCUAAUCUGAAGGGAGCGUCUUAUGGGAAUACAAGAGCAGUUAUGAUUCCUUUUGAGGAAUCCGCAGGAGGCAUUAAAGGGUUAAAUCUGAGUAAAAGUGGAAGUCAAGCAAAAGAUUUACCGGAAAUGGCCAGACAUCUUGUUCACAUGGUCCAGCGUAUUCCGAAUUGGGAGAACGAGUGGAAACUUUUUACGAUUCUCAUAGGAAUUUGUUAUUUUAUAAACAUUUGAAUUUUUAACAAAUUUUAUAAUCCACCAAUGCUAACAAGAAAAUCCGCAACAUUUUUCACUGUCGAGAUUUAUAAUAUCCUAAAAACAAGUCACACAGAUAAAUCAUAAACAACGAAAAGCUAAGAAUAAAACUUUAGGAUCUACAACAUUUAAAGUUA